AUGGGAUCGGCCGGAAAUGGCGGAGAUCAAACACUGCUAUUGAGCAGCACUGUAGACUCCCCAACCUUGGCACCCAAACCAAAAACUGCAGAAGAGAGACAGUAUAAGUAUAGUGUCCAACUUGAGAGAUUGUUGUCCAACACCGAUCUACCAUUUCUUCAGCGCAUUGUGGCGGCGACAUGGAUAGAAUGUAGACUCCUCUUCCCCCUCGCCGCCCCCGCCAUCGCCGUGUACUUGAUAAACUUCCUCAUGUCCACGUUCACCCAAAUCUUUUCCGGCCACCUCGGCAACCUUGAGCUCGCCGCUGCCUCUCUUGGUAACAAUGGCAUUCAAAUGUUCUGCUUCGGUCUCAUGCUUGGAAUGGGAAGUGCGGUGGAAACCCUUUGUGGCCAAGCAUAUGGGGCACAAAAAUACGAAAUGCUUGGAAUUUACACCCAAAGAUCAGCAGUCCUCCUCAAUCUAGCUGGUGUCGUAAUCAUGUUCGUUUACAUAUUCUCAAAACCAAUCCUCAUACUACUUGGUGAAUCAGAAGAAAUCGCAUCAGCCUCAGCUCUAUUCACCUUCGGCUUAAUCCCUCAAAUUUUCGCAUACGCUUUAAACUUCCCAAUCCAAAAGUUUCUUCAAUCUCAAAGCAUAGUCUCUCCAAGUACAUAUAUAUCCACAGCCACCACUAUUUUCCAUGUCAUACUCAGUUGGGUUGUGGUUUACAAGAUUAAGUUGGGGCUUUUCGGUGCUUCUUUGAUGUUGAGUUUGUCUUGGUGGGUGAUAGUUAUAGCUCAGUUUUUAUAUAUUGUGACUAGUGAGAGGUGUAAGGACACUUGGGCAGGGUUUAGUAUACAAGCUUUUCAUGGGCUUUGGGAUUUCUUCAAAUUGUCCGCUGCUUCUGCUGUGAUGCUUUGUUUGGAGAGUUGGUAUUUUCAGAUUAUUGUUUUGUUGGCUGGAAUGCUUGAUAACCCUGAGAUUGCUCUCGAUUCUCUCUCUGUUUGUAUAACUGUCUUGGGAUGGGUGUUCACGAUCUCAGUCGGGUUCAAUGCAGCGGCCAGUGUAAGAGUGGGAAAUGAGCUUGGAGCUGGACAUCCAAAGGCAGCAGCAUUCUCUGUCGUAAUCGUGACAACUUCGUCUUUCAUCAUAUCCGUAAUCGCAUCCAUAGUCGUGCUCGCAUUGCGCCAUAAGAUCAGCUAUCUUUUCACUGAAGGUGACAUUGUGGCUAAUGCUGUCUCAGAUAUGUGCCCACUUCUUGCUGUCACUAUAGUUCUCAAUGGAAUCCAACCCGUUUUGACUGGUGUGGCUGUUGGAUGUGGAUGGCAAACUUUCGUUGCGUAUGUGAACGUUGGAUGUUAUUAUGUAGUUGGAAUUCCUCUAGGUGCAUUGCUCGGUUUCUACUUCAAAUUGGGGGCUCAGGGAAUAUGGUCGGGGAUGCUCGGUGGCACAUUGGUCCAAACCGUGAUACUAGUAUGGACCACUUAUCGGACUGAUUGGAAUACAGAGGUUGAAUUAUCUUUGAAGAGAUUGGAUAUGUGGGAUGAAAAUAAGGAGCCACUUCUACAGGGGUGA